CUGAUUUUCAGGGCUGCGUUUCUCGAAUUGGGGAGUGAAAAGUUUUGAUUUUUUUUUUUUAACUUUGAUCGCGAUGAUUUCUUCUGGGCUCAACUUGGUGAUGACUGUGAUUGGGUUUGCGGUGAGCACCAUGUUCAUUGUGUUCGUGUGCACGAGGCUUGUCUGUGCUCGAAUCCACUUGAAUGCUUCAAGGAGAUCCUUUCCCAUUGCUUCCAGAUCCAAUCUUAGCAUGAUGGAACGGGGUUGGCAUGGUCUUGAACGCACAGCUGUAGCUAAAUUUCCAACAAAGAAGUUCAGUGACAAGUUCUUUUCGGCUGAAGAAAAUUCUCAGUGUACAGUCUGCCUCUCGGAGUACCAAGGUGAAGAUAUUCUGCGUAUCCUUCCCUACUGUGGACACUCAUUCCAUGUGACCUGCAUAGACUUAUGGCUGCAGCAGAAUUCCACUUGUCCAGUUUGUCGAAUAUCAUUGCGGGAAUUUACUGAGAGAAAGCGGUUAAUGCAACCCUUAUUCAGCUCUGCUUUACGACCUCAUCGCAGCGCAGAAUCCAUUGAGAACCCCCAUUAUCUCUGUAUGAUGGGUGAUAAUGGGUUACCAUUGAGAACCCCAGACAACCAUGGGGCUAAUGUGAUGCAAGAGGACAGUUUUCCAUCCGAGGGUGGUGGAGCAGAUGCUACAGAUAGCAUCACCUGUCUUAUUCCGGACGAUCUUGUUAAAGAUGAAGAGAAGAAGCAUAUAGAGAGCCCGUCAAACUUCUAGAGACCGGUUCAUGUAAAUCCACUUUUUGAUGCGGUACUCUGAAAUCACAAAUUGAGCAAAGGUCAUCUUCCGAAUAUGGGUCAAACUCCAUUGCAUGCUGAAGGAUGGUUGACUGCUUUGCUCUUAGUGUAUAUGUAGCCAUGAGUUUUGUUUUCCCUCACUGGGUUUACAUUUUUACUUUCUCCUCUCUUUGUUCUGUUCUUUAGCUUCAACACUAGCUAGUGUUUGAGAUUUAUUCUUCCUCUCCUCUCUCUCUUUCUCUCUAUCCUUGUGUGUGCAUGUGCGCACGCAUGUAUGUUGUAAUUAGUUGUAAGACCAUAAAUUGCUCAAGAUAAAUUGGAGCUAUAUCUCUGUGUCUUUGCCUCUUCUGGCCAUUGAUGUAUGUUGUUGUUUUGGGAACACACAGUUAUUCUAGCUAGGUUCUAGCUA